AUGCCGAAGCGCGUCGAGUCAUCACUGAGCACCAAGCUCUCUCCUGGUUCUAUACAGCAGCUUCCGGCUAGCUACCUGUUAAACAACAAGCAUUGUUCCCUUAACAUUGUUGCUGAAGAUCCAUACCUGAGUCUCCCAUUGUUGCUCCUGCUGGGUGGAAACCAACACCUUGAGAAACACUGCCUGGAGGGCGCCACGCCAUGUGUGAAGGGACAGUGUCAUGGUUCGCCAAGCCAGCUCGCCUCCCACUCCCAGCUCAAGCUCCAAGAUGCAGAACAAGUGAGGUGCUGCUCCUUCUUCAGCACUCCUGAACGUGACCAACUGAAACAGAAGAACCGCGAUGGAGAAGCACAUCAACCAGUGCACCCCAACAUCCCCAGCCCCCCAGAGAGAUCCACAGAGCCCAUGGACACCAAAGGCUCCUAUCAGCCCUGCAGUAAAGGAACCUUGACAGUCGUUGAAGCCCUUUCUCAGAAUGUGGAGGUGAGAGUUCCCGUUCCAUCUCUGAAAGGCCAUGGUGGCCCUGGCAUCUCAUCCUGCCCUCUGGCAGGCAUCCCCAUGCCUCCUGCCAGCAUCAGAGCCACAUCCUCAAGCCGCGCACAGAGAACAGGCAAACGGUGGGAGCAACAUGUUCUUUUAUUGAUGCAAGUACGUCCAGUCACACCAGUAGCUGACAUCCUGCAUUAUGGUACAGCUUUAUACUCAGUUCAUCUCGAAAUACCAAAACAUCAGAGUUAG